AUGAUUAGUUCGAGGAGAGGAGAUGAGAUGCUUUAUUCUCACCUUGCACCUCAACAGUCACAUGAUACGCUGGUGCAUGUGGACAAUGAAGCGUCAAUCAACCAAACUGCACUGGAGUUGAGCACAAGGAGCCAUGUGCCGGAAGAGGAGGAGGAGGAAGAAGCAGAUUCCUGA